AUGAAUGUGACCCCUAGGCCAAUCUGUGUCUCAUAUCUGACCGACAUCCAUCAAUUAAGAGUGCUUACGAUGAUCCUGAAAGUGGAUGACAUUAUCCUUCAUCUUCACAUGUUUACUAUAUCAGACACAUUGCGCAAAACUUCACGCGUGAGUUCAGAGACAAAGAGCUAUGGAAAACAGUUGUUAACAUGGGAUAUGCAUUAA